ACCAGCAGGUGCUGACCUCUAUUUACGAAUGUUGUAAUUAAAUCCAGUAUGGUUUCCACAACAAAGUAGUCGGCGAUUUUAUUUUGGAAAUAAUGUUCAAAGCAUUUGUUAUGAAAGUACAGACAAAAUGAAGUUGCUUACUUCCAGCUUUUUGUAAAUCUUAGUGAUAAUUCAUUAGUAACUAUUGUGCAACUUAGGAUAGUACUUAAAAAUCAUAUAAUCAUGUCCUGCCAAGCCCAUCACCAGUAUGUAAUAAUCCUAUUGCUUUUGUAUCCUUUCCUUUAUGCCGUUUAUGGAAAUCCUAUUGAAUAUGCCCCAGCUCAAGCAGACAAGGAGGUCAAUAUGACUAUUGAAGUCCUAAAGUAUGAAAAUCCACUUCGGUUGCCUCUUGGUGAAAAUGUGACUUUAAUUUGUAAGACAAAAUGGAUGACUAGCAAAAUGAUGUGGGGAUUUAAUGAUCAAGUUCUUGAUACAAAUCAGAUUAACGAACAAGAUGGGUUUAAACUGGAAAUGGAGAGUGAAAACAUAAAUAAAGAGUCAGGCAAUAAGUUUGAAGUUUCUAUAUUGCACAUUCUAAACAUAAAUUUUAAUCAUACUGGCCAGUAUACAUGUCAUGCAACAAAUCAGAAUAUAAGUGAGCUAGAUCUAACAAACAUAAUUCUUAAUGUAACAAAACCUGUUAGUGUUGUACAGAUCAGUGAACCAAUUUACACAAAAAUCCAUAAUACUGUUAACCUAACAUGUGUUUUUGAUGGAUACCCUAUUGAUUAUGUUAGUUGGUUAAAAGAUGACAACACUUUGCCAUUUGACACAUGGAGUACAACUGUUAUAAAUGAAACUACCAUCAGUUCAACUUUAAAGGUGCAAGUCACCAAACAUGAUAAUGGCACAUAUUCCUGUGCAGCUGGUAAUGAAAUUUCUAAUGUAAAUGCCUCAACAGCUAUAUUGGUAUUAGAUAAACCACAUAUAAUCAUUGAUGUUAUAAAACCAAUUGGUACAAAUAAGAUUUUUAUGAAUUGGACAGUAAAUGAUGGAAACAGUCCUAAAGAUCUUCAAUAUGUUGUGCAAUAUAAAUCAGAUAAUGAUACUGAAUGGCUUUAUUAUCGUUCCAAAUUAAAUAAUUCCAAAAAUUUUUUGAUCUUAAAUGUAGAAAGAAACAACUCAUUUUACACUGUAAGAAUUCAAGCCAAGAACUCUCAAGGAGAAAGUCCAUAUGCAACUAGCGCCCCCCUUCAAAUGCUUGAUGAAGAACCAAUAUUCGUCCCUGAAGUGACAGUUACUGGCGUCACUUCUAGCUCAAUUACGAUCAAAUGGAGCAUGCCUCCAGAAAAAUUUAGGGACCAUAUACAUUACUAUAACCUCAUUCUUAGAUCUUAUAAUAGUCCUCAAAAAUUUGAGGCCAUACAACCAGCCAGAGAUUACCUAUACAUGUUUUCCGAACUGCACUCGGCUACCACGUAUAAUUUCCAAAUUGCAGCUUGUAGUGAUUAUAGCAGAGAGUGUGGACCAUGGUCAGAAAUUGUUAAUGGAACUACAAUGGAUGGUAUUUCAGAGGCGCCAUCAAAUGCAUCAAUAGAAUGUCGCUCUGAUAAUAUCAGCCAUACAAACUUUGUCUAUGUUUCUUGGGAACCUCCAAAACAACCUAACGGCAUAAUUCAAACCUAUAAUGUAAAUUUAGAGGGCAGCGCCACUUUUAUCAAUGAACAAGGUCAUCUAGAACACGUUACUUGGGGACCAAAAGUUACCAGUACUAGUGAAAAGACGCUCAUUACACGUUUUUACAAUGUGUCAGCCAACACAAAUUAUACUGUCAGAAUAUCUGGGGUAACGCGUUUGAGAAAAAACGGUAUACCAAAAACCCUUUCUUGCCAAAUGCCUCCGGCCUUACCAGAUAAACAGAAAAUAGCCAGAAUCCAUUGGAAGAAAAUGGAAGAGCAGCUAGGGAAGUGGAUGUUCAAACUCUUUGUUCCGAGAAUUUCCGAGAGAAAUGGGCCGAUUUGUUGCUAUAGAAUUUAUUUGGUGCGUAUGGAGGAUCAACAAAAACUAUCUGAUCUUCCUACUCCUGAAGACCUGACCAUCAUGUCUUAUCAAGAGGCCCAUAGAACUCCUAAGGGAGGAGCUUAUGUUGCUGAAAUGUUUGACAGUGCUUCUUUUCACAAUGAAGUAUUUUUGGGAGAUGACAAAGUUUUUAACACAACCAAUUCUGAAUGUGACCAGUGUAUUGGUUUGAGACCCUAUAACACCCCUAAGGAAGAUAAAAUCAAAGAAAGGAACCAAAACAAGACUCAAGGUGAUAUUUCUAACAGAGUGAGAAGGGAUGAAAUGCUUAGCGAUCCAUUACCUCCGAAUGAUGGAAAUUUAGAUAUUAGUAGUAAUUACACAGGAUUUGUUGAGAUAAUUGUUCGUGGAAGUUCUACUCCAGUUUUUCUGGUGGCGUACAGUAGUUAUCUUGAUAUGAUGAAUCCAGGACCAGAAGUAUUAACGGCUCCUCGUACAGCAACUAUUAGUCUUAUAUUUCAAGUUCUUUGUGGUUUAAUGGUUGUGAUACUGGUACUACUUGGAGUCUUAUGCAUUUUGCAUAGAUAUACUAAGCAAGCACAUGCUCAAGCAGUCGAGAUGAUUACCUUCAGAGCUUCAUUGAGAAACCUGCGUGGUAGACAGAGGUUGGUGUCUCUUAAUCCUCCUGAUAUGAGUCCAAUUAAUAAAUCAGAACUAACUACGGCAUAUGUGGAACAUCACAGAGAUUCUGACUAUGGAUUUCAGCAGGAGUUUGAGCUUUUACCAGACAGGUUUUCUGAUAGGACUACAAGAUCAUCAGAUUGCAAAGAAAACAUUUACAAAAACAGGUAUCCAGAUAUCAAAGCCUAUGAUCAGACUAGAGUUAAAUUGUCGCAAGUUGACGGAAUCGCUGGAUCAGAUUACAUAAACGCGAAUUUCGUAAUGGGUUAUAAGGAACGAAAGAAGUUUAUUUGUGCUCAAGGACCGAUGGAUACUACCGUCAACGAUUUCUGGCGUAUGAUUUGGGAGCAACAUUUAGAAAUGAUUCUCAUGUUGACGAAUCUGGAGGAAUACAGCAAAACAAAAUGUGCCAAGUACUGGCCUGACAAAGCUGAUGGAGAAAAGACCUUUGGUAAAAUUACAGUUACUCAUCUACAAGAAACGCGUUACUCAGAUUACAUAGUAAGAGAUUUGAAGAUUGUCCGAAUAUCAAACAAUGGUAAAGACAUUGAAGAACGUCGAAUAACACAAUACCAUUAUUUAGUGUGGAAAGAUUUUAUGGCUCCAGAACACCCAAGUGGCAUCAUAAAGUUUGUUAAAAGAGUUAAUGAGGCUUAUAGCAUUGAAAAGGGUUGCAUAUUAGUUCACUGCAGUGCUGGCGUUGGUCGUACCGGAACGUUAGUUGCUUUAGACUGUUUGCUUCAACAAUUAAGGGAGGAAGGUCAGGUGUCAAUAUUUAAUACCAUAUGUGAUUUGAGACAUCAGAGAAACUUUUUAGUCCAGUCAUUGAAACAAUACAUAUUCAUUUACCGGGCCCUUAUGGAGGUUACACAGUAUGGCGACACAGAAUUAAUGGUGAAUGAGUUAAAAACAUCAGUGGAUAAGUUGCGUCAGACAGAUAAAGACAACAAAUGCAAGCUGGAAGAAGAGUUUGAGAAUAUCAUUAACGCUUUUGAAGACAGAAAAUCGUGUUCAGUCGCGAGUGGAGAUGAAAACAGAGACAAAAACCGAUCUGACGGUGUUCUACCAUACGACAGAAACAGGGUGAUUUUGACUCCACUCUCCGGAAAAGAACAUUCGACUUACAUAAAUGCUUCGUUCAUAGAGGGUUAUGAUAAUACAGAAUCAUUCAUUAUAAGUCAAGACCCGAUGGAGAAUACUAUCAACGACUUCUGGCGCAUGAUUUCUGAGCAAGGUAUAAGUGUCAUUGUGAUGCUUUCUGAGUUGGGUGAGAACAAAUGCGCCAGGUAUUGGCCAGAAGAGGGCUGUGAGGGUACUUAUGAUCAUAUCACUGUUAGGUAUGUUCAGGCUGAGACUUGCCCUUAUUAUACUAGGAGGGAGUUCUUUGUUAAGGGUCGAGACGGGGAGGAACAUAAAGUGACGCAUUUACAGUACCAUGGAUGGCCAACUGUCGAUGGGGAGGUCCCUGAAGUAACGAGAGGUUUGAUUGAACUGGUCGAUUACUCUCAAACUGCGAUUAUAAAAACAGGGUGCUCUCCUUCAAUGGUGGUUCAUUGUAUUUCCGGUUCCGAUCGGAGUUCAAUGUUUGUCGGACUCAGUAUAUUGGUGCAGCAGCUCCGAACUGAGCGUAGAGUUGACGUUUUUACUGUCACUCGUAAACUCAGGUCUCAAAGACAGGCUUUAAUUAACUCUUACGCACAAUAUGAGUUUUUACACAGGGCUAUAGUAAACUACGCAGAGCUUCACGGUUUAAGCGAAUCAUAAAAAACUCUAAAUAAAACUGUGCCAUAUACGAAAUGUCAUUCCAAAAAAGAACCUUAUUUGUUGGUUUAAGAGGAAGUUUGGGUAUUUUUAUAUGUGCUGUACUUUUAUAUAUUAUAACAUAUUAAUCUUUGUAAAGAAAAAUAAUAUUUCCAGUAAAAACCGCCAUUUCGGUUUUAAAAACCAAAGUACUCAUAGGCAACGCGUUUUUAGAAUUUUUUAAGAGUAGUAUUGGUAUUAAUGGUAAUAAUCACGUUCCCUUAAUCGCAAAUAGAUCAUAUAAAGGAUAAACUAUUUUGCUCAAAUUUUAUUAUUUUUUUAACACAAAAUAUACGUUUAAGGGUAGAACAAAUCUUUGUGGUUAUCGAAGAAUGAAAAUUUUCAUUGUGACAAGUUUUGAUGUUAAGUAGUAGUUAGAAGUUUUUCCACUAACACUGUAGGCAAUCUCAUAGUUAUGUAGUAUACGUUUUAGGUCGCUAAUUAGCUGAUGUACUCAAAAAAAUGGCAAACUAGUAUUUAUAUAUUUUUUUUACUGAAUAGUACGUCAACUUACAACAUAUACAAUUUAUUUUUGCAUAUAUUAAAUAGAACCCAAUUAAAUAAUGCGUUUUUAUAGUUGUCAUUUUAAGACAAUUUUUUGAAUCUCUCAUGCAUUCUACUUUAAUCUCGAUUAGCUAUCUGAAUAGGAUAUCUCCUAAAAUAUAAUAAUUGUCUUAAUUUAUGAAAUGAAACCGCUUUAUGUUCUUAAGACUGAAUCCUCUAAAAACUUAAUGCCAAAAUAUAAUUUAUUCUUAGGAAGUAUCUACUAAACAACCAAAGACUUUUUUUACCAAAAUUAGUUUUUUUGUGAUACGCACCGAAUUACCAAAUCGUAGUAAGCUAUUUUCGGGAGUUUCUGUUUAAUAUGUGCCUAAAACAUCUUUUAUAUUAAAAGAUUACUUGACUUUAAUUAAUACUAUCUGCUUAAAAAAACUCUAAAUAUCCAUACCUGUUGGUCACCUAACUAUCAUCCAUACUACCAAAAAUUUGUUGCCACUUUACAUAAAAAAUCACAUUUUAUAUUUUUUUUUAUACAUUUUAGAAGAAUUGAGGUUUGGGAUUUUUUAAAAUGUAUUGCAAAAUCAGAAAAAAAAAAUUGUUUUCGUUAGUCGUUUGACCAACGAAACGUAUAGAGACAUGGAGAUUUAGUCUAAUAGUUUGGUAUUUGGAUCACCCAUUCAUACUACAUAUUUACUGCAGUACAUUUAAAGAAAUCUUCAACUUUUUCCAUGCUUAUGGUAAUUCUUUUGCCAGUAAUUUUGUAUAUAAAUUUGGUCAGGUUUAUCCUUGUUUGAGCACUUGAUAUCUUAACUUAGUGCUACUUUAGAAUAAAUAAUAUAUCAUGUUUCCUUCUAAACUAUAUCGCUAAAGACGUGCAAUGUCUUAUUCUUGUGCAGUUCUUUGUAUAUUAUUUUACUUUAUUUUAUCUUAGUUUAUGUGCCAAUGCAUUGGCAAUGUUAGUGAUAUUUUGUUAUAUGUUCAUUUUAUUGCACCAUAUUUGUAUUAUAUUUUUUAGUAUCUUGCAACAAAAACAUACAUUUUUAAAGUAGCGUGACUUGUGUUAACAACAUAAUGCAAAUGCAUUAAUAACACUCUUUUGUAAUAAGUUUAAUUUUGUUAGGGUUUCAUAAGACUUUCCUGAAAGUACCUUGGUUAAAAUUUCAAAUUAUCCUGAAAACUGUCACACUUGCUCAAUCACUUCAUUGCAAUAAGUCUUACGUUUAGAUCAUUUUAGCAAGGUUUGUAAACUUUCCGGGUGUCUUUCGAAAGAACAACGUAUAUAACUUUUUAAGUUUUUUUUUAUAAUUUCAGGGUCGAUGAGUAUUUAAGUUUCUUUCUUUCGUUACGUUUUAAAAUUUUUAUUUUAAAUAAAAAAACAGAUAAUUAAGGCAUUCUUUUUUUAAUGUGGAUCACUGAUGUCGUAAUUACCUGGUUUUUCCAUAUACAUAUGUUACCUCAUGCUUAUGCAGAUAUAUUUACAAUAAAACUGCUUAUAGGUAAAAUUAGCCAUGUGUCUAUCCUAUAGGCAAAAUGAAACUUAUAGCAGGUUUUAUUUUAACAUUUUCUGUAUAUGCCUUUCUGCAUAGAUUUUUACAAUUUAAAGAGUAGGAGGAACAAGAUAUGUAAGAAUAUAUCAGUAAAUGUUAGAAAAUUAUCAUAUGCAGCUAUAAGUUUUUUCACUCAUUAAUGCCAUAAAGAUUAAUCAAUUGCCAACUUAUCUUACUUUUAGCCAGAAAUUAUUUAGUGUUUUUUUAAUGCUUUUUUAAUUAAAUUGCAAAAUUGAAACAUCGAGUAGCUUGAUAAUGAUGUUCACUAAAUUUACUUUUUUUUUAGCAACUAGAGCAUUUAUAGAAUUGGUUUUACUCUAGAUAUGCUGUAAUACUCUUUAGACUACAAGGUCGCUUUUGGCUUAUAUGUAUUUUGUAUAGAUUCAAAUAAUGUGUAUCGUAAUUAUUUUUGUUGGUUUU